AUAAGCUCUUGCUGGCGGGCUCUGUAAGGUCGUUUUCUCUUGUUCCAUUCUUCACCGGGUGGAGACGAUGUCUGGACGUGGCAAAGGCGGCAAAGGGCUCGGAAAGGGCGGCGCUAAGCGGCACCGCAAGGUCCUGCGAGACAACAUCCAGGGCAUCACCAAGCCCGCCAUCCGGCGCUUGGCUCGGCGUGGCGGCGUCAAGCGCAUCUCGGGGCUCAUCUACGAGGAGACCCGCGGUGUCCUCAAAGUGUUUCUGGAGAACGUGAUCCGCGACGCCGUCACCUACACCGAGCACGCCAAGCGCAAGACGGUCACGGCCAUGGACGUGGUCUACGCGCUCAAGCGCCAGGGCCGCACUCUUUAUGGCUUCGGCGGCUGAGCGCGUCCACCGGCUCUGGGCCUUCCUUGGUCUCUUGCAUCACCACCCCUAACCCAAAGGCCCUUUUCAGGGCCCCCAAAGCAUCAAAAAAGGAGCUGGGGAAACUUAAUCGGGAUAGGAGGCAGGUUACCUUAAAGAGGUUGGGUCGUUCAGGGGUUACCAAUGCGGCUUGCAUUGUU